AUGUGGCUCUCGACUCCAUCGGCCGAGUCUGUAACUCGGCCGCGAAUCGCCGUCGCUCUCGUUUCAGCCAUCGCCACGGCGUCAAUCGCAUACUACGCCUACCAGAGCCGCAUCAACUCCACGCACGCAGACGUUCUGCCCGGUGGCGGCCUUCACAGAAGCAACGCCAUCCGUCGGAGCAGACGAAGAUCGCGCGGACACAGAGCUAGCUCGAGCUCCUCUUCUUCAGACGCACCUGGCGAUGAGAAUGUUGAAAAUGCCGAGAACGCUGAGGAUAACGGUGUCCAGCCCGCCCAGCCGGUGGGUGAUGGCGAAACGGUAGAAGCAAACAACGACGAAUGGUGGAACGAUCCGAAUAACUACCCUCCCCAACAACGAGCUGGGCAUAAUAUCGUUUCCCUACUCUUCCGGGUCUCAGAAGAUAAUGCAAAGCGUAAUGGCUGCGUCCACAGAGGAUGCCAAUGUAACUCCUGCGGCAUGGUUCCUAUCCGUGGCGUUCGCUACCGAUGUGCCAACUGUGCCGAUUUUGAUCUCUGCGAGACCUGUGAAUCCCAAGGCGUACAUAUCAAGACUCACAUCUUCUACAAAAUUCGCAUACCGGCACCCCCAUUUGGCCCGCGGCAGAUGCAGCCGGUCUGGUAUACUGGAGAUCCUGAUAGCUGUCGGCGCAAUCUGCCUAGACCUCUGAUUGCGAAGCUCUCGAGGGAAACCGGGUUUGAACGGCCAGAGUUGGAAGCUUUCUGGGAACAAUGGACGUUUAUGGCAAAUACUGAAUGGAGAGAUGACCCCAACGACCUCGGCAUCGCCAUGGAUCGCAAGACGUUUGAGCGAUGCCUCGUACCGACAGGCGGCUCACGACAUGCUUCGCCAAACUUGAUUCAUGACCGAAUGUUUGCCUUUUAUGAUGAUAAUAAGGAUGAUCUCAUUGGAUUUGCCGAGUUCUUACGGGGUUUAUCCUACCGCAAGCGAAAGGAUAAACUCAAGAAAGUCUUUGACGGUUACGAUCUUGACAACGAUGGUUACGUCGAUAGACGUGAUUUCCUACGCAUGUUCCGAGCCUAUUACGUCCUUUAUAAGCAGAUGCAUAAGGAUAUCCUGGAUGGCCUUGAAGACCAAUUACUCGCUAGCUCCGAAGCCCAACAGCUCGUCGCCAGCCGCCAGCCUCUUAGUAGCCUAUUUGGACGAGAGGGCAGAGUUCCGACGGCGGACGGGCCAUUGGCAUUUGAGGGCAAGAGAGUCUUCCCCGAUGGGCAUGUUGAGAUAGAGGUUGGAAUGGAAGAUGCUGUUGUGAGCGACGCAAGCGACACAGCUGCUCGAGAUGAGAUUCUUACCGACCUUUAUGCCUAUGACACCGACCCGUACUCUAGGCGCAGGAUGCCCCCUACAGAUGACGUUGACACCAACUGGCGCACCGUCCGCACCCUGACGACGAAUGAUGUUGACCGAUCAUAUUUUUUGUCUCUGAUGAACCCACCUGCUUCUCUCGAUGAACUGCCUGCCGCUAUCGUGGGCAACAAUGAGGCCGACGAUAAUGCAACAGACGAAACAUCUGAAGACGGAGAAACGGACGACAAGGAUGGAGACGAAGAUCACGACCGUGACCAUCCCGAGUACUCUGGAUCACAGCGGCACGACUCUUUCUCUAGCAUUUUUCGAACUGGUAGAUUUCCGACAGAGAGCGAAAUCAGGGCAAGUUACGUGGCCCAUUAUCGUCAACAUGGUCCCCGAAUGAAUCGAAGACGCCAAGAUCUGGCCCGACGACAACUUCACGAAAGGUGGAAGCGAAGGCAUUUUUACCUGGACGAAGAAGAAGGCGGAGAGGCGCCCUCACAAUGGGAAGAUGAAGAAGACAUCCUUGAGACAUCUGGCAUUAUGGGUGAAAGUUCCAAGGGUGCUAGCCCGCGCCGCGCGUCAACACACUCCCUAUCUAGUUCCAAGGCCGAGUUUGCUGAUGACAUGAAUGAUUUGGAAACUCAGUCCAAUAGCUCAACGUCAUUCACAAGCCAACCCGAACGUUGGGCAGGGCUGGGAAUUCCUGCUGCUGAAAAGGACGCCGGCAAAGAGAUUCUUUACCAAGUCACACAGCAAGCAUUUAACGAACUUCUCGAUAUCAUCUUCAAACACACCGAAGAUCUUGCAGUUCAGGCAGCCGCUACUAAAAUACAGCGAGUUAAGUACAAAGAUGCAAUUGACUCUGUGAUCAUGGCAGAUGAGAAGGCAGAGAACGGAAGUGGACAGCAAGAAGACGUCCCAAUUUACACAGAAGCCUCUCCUCGAAACAAGACUCUUGAAGAACUCCUGGAGGAAUCUGGAUAUAUGCUCAACCAACAAGAGUCCCGGAAUGCGGUAGAAAUAAGUAUUGUGGAAGAGAUUUUACGCGAUGAACAGGCCGGUGAGCGCUCAUCGGAUCAAGAGGCAAGCGAAUCCGAAUCCGAAUCAGAGCCUGAGCUUGACGCCGAAGGCGAAUAUCGUGAUCCUACUUUGCCACAGUUUCGUCCUAACAGCGAUGCCUCCGUCUCUCCAACAAGUCAGCCACCAGUCUCGUCCAAACGCAAGACCAAGGCGCUCUCUAAAGAUGAAGACAAGGCAGACACAGAUAACCUGGCGGCUAACAAGCCAUCCGGUGAACCGUCACUCAAAACCUUACGAAAAUGGAAGAAGUUGAACCUGGCUGAGCAACAGGCAGCUGAGCGAGGAGGCUGGGGUAGGCUCAAUUUUGCAGAGUUUGAAGAGAUUUACAAGAACCAAGAGCACCAGGGCAAUAGACUGGACUACCUCGGCAGCUGGAUAGACUUUUGCAUUCCCUAG